GCUAUUACUUUUAAAUAUACCGUAGUCACCCUACAAGUUUGUUUAUUUCUUGUAAAUGCUGCAACGGUCACAUUGGCUCAGCACCCAGAAGAGAGAGACAAAAAACAGAGACAGAAACAUCGCAGCAACCAAAAUAAUAACAAUUAAUAAUACUAAGUGUAUUACACGAAUAGAUAUUACACGAAUAAAGGCAAAAGCUCGCUAGCAGUCAGACCAGCUAGUACUAGAUUUUUUUCCUUUUCGUUUUGGCAGCAGUCUCUCUUGGUUAUUUUCUUAUUUUUUUUUGUGUUGCGACGCAUAAAUCGUCUUUUAAUCGAUAUAUAUAUAAGUUAACGGGUGAAUACAAAAACAAGGUGAACGAUUUGAUUUGCAGAUUUUAUGUCGCAGUUACUUUUUGUGCAGUAACAACAAAAACAUUUUCAGUAGGAAACAACAGUAACAAUAACAAAAACAAAAUCAUAAACGAAAAACGACGAAAAAGAAAUUUCAAAAAAUAAAACGUACGACGCAGCGCAGUCGUUGUGUCUGUAUUGGUGCGUGUGCGUGAAUGUGUGUGUGCGAGUGAGCCAGCAAUAGGGCUCUGCGUCGACGGCGGCAGCGGCAGAAGAAGAAACAAAAAAGUUCAGUUUUUUCAAACAAAACUCGAGCUCCACAGUUGAGAAUUUGCUGCGCGUUUCGAAAAAGGCUAAAAUUAAUAAGCAGUAGCCCAAAAUUAAGCAACAACUGUUAGAGGGCGUGGCAAAUUAAAAAAAACAAGAAACAUAUAAAACCAUCCAAAACAGGGGGGCGGAAGAGGAAAGAGAAAAAAGCAAGACGCAAUUGGAAAUUUUGUUGCUGCUGCUGCCGCCUGCAACAAACGAAGAUAAUAAUAAAGAGGAGUUUAAAAAACAAAAAACAAAACCAACAACAACAAGAGACGAAAAGCACACACCAAAAAGGAAAUCAACAACAUAAGCUACAGAAAGAAAGAGAGAGACCGAGAAAGAGAGCAAGCAGCUGAAAACAUAUGAUUUUUGUUUGUGUUGUUGUUUUUGCGCGCGCUCUGCGGAACGUGUGAGAAAAGUGGAACGAGCGAAACGAGUGGCAUUGUUGUUGUGUUUCAGCUGCUGCUGAUUCAACCAUCGAACAGCAACAACAACGCAAGUGUUGACGACAAGAGAGCCAACCGAGAGAGAAAGAGUGAGAGAGCGCGAAAAAGCAGGGGAAAGAAACAACCGAUCAGACGCAGUGUCUCCAGGAAAGGCGUCAAUAGAGAAAUAGCAUCAGCGAGAGCAACAAUCGAGAACUGCCACCCGCCACCCACUGCCACCGUAAGCCAUCUGUCACCCCCUAGACGACUGCUGCCCACUGAUCUCCAGUGUGGAGGCACUGUAUCAUUGGCGGCAGCUGUGGUAGCAGCUAGAAGAGGAGCGAUUCCGGCGGCCAAUAGUCACCACCGGCUAUCCCCCCCAGAAGCCACCGCAAAAUGUCCGCGGACUCGCCACGCCGCCAUCCCUCCGGCGUGGUCGGUUCAGGCAUUGGAUCGGGCUCCGGAUCUGGUUCCGGUUUGGGCUCCGGUUCUGCUGGUAGCAGCAAAUCUGGCACAGCCGUGCCGGCCAUUGUGCCGCCGCAAACAGUGUCGGAUCGCUCGAUCCUUGACUCUGCCAUUGGUUUCAUUAACGAUGUGACCCUGGCCAACCAGCCGGUUCAAGAUCCCAAGGACACCAUCACUUGGGCUCGUUUCGAAACGUGUGCAGAUGUUAGCGAUCCACGCUUCGGUGACGACUGGGAACUGGAGGGGAAUGCAGCACCGCCACUGCUCCUGAUACUCGGUUACGGUCUGGGCGUCCAAGUGUGGGCCAUCCCAGCCAAUGGCGAAGCUGUCGAGGUGCUAUCCUGGCGUCACGGCGUCGUCACUGCCCUCCGGGUGCUGCCCACACCGGCAACUGCCGUCGCAUUGGACGAGAAUGGCCGGGCAGAUGAACCGGUCGAUGCAUUUGCCGAGAAACGUCCCCUGGUGGCAUUCGUCGAUGGAGGCAGUGCAGCGGUCAGUGGUAUACUAGCUGGCAGCUCGGGAUUAGGUUUGGGUGGCGGCAGCGGUGGUGUCACAACAGUUGGCGGCUCAGUCGGUGGAGUUGGUAUUGGAGUAUCGGCUGCUGCCCAAUUCAGUGCCGUAAACUUUAUGUCCCUUAAAACGGGUGUCCAGGUCAAAACGAUUAAGUUCAAGAACGCAGUGCUGGACAUCCAGGCCAACAGAUCGGCGGUGGUUAUCACGUUCCACGAACGAAUCGCUGUCUUCGAUGCCAGGACACUGGAGGACCGCCUUACCAUUACCACCUGCUAUCCCAGUCCGGGCAUCAAUCCCAAUCCCAUUGCGUUGGGACCACGCUGGCUGGCUUAUGCGGAGCACAAGUUGCUGCACUCUAAGCGCAGUGGCGGCGGAUGCGAUGGCGAGGGCGUACCCAGCUAUACGGCCACUGUGCUCAAUGCUGCCAAAUCUUUGGGCAAGGGACUGCGAGAGUUUGGUGAACAGGUGGCCGCUGGACUUACCGGCACCACCGCAGGCAGCGGCGCGAGCUCCAAGAGCAGCAGCUUUGAUUCGGCCAGCGGUGGUCCGGAUGCCAAGCAGUCGGGUGUGGUUACCAUUAUCGAUGUAAAGCAUCCAGUUAAGGAUUACAGUCCUACGUCGGGUACACCGUUAAGCUCGACGGGUGGCUCACAGGGCGGUGGCGAUCCAAUCGUGGCUCAUUUUGUGGCUCACAGCGAAGCUCUGGUGGCCAUGGAGUUCGAUAGCUCUGGCAUGCUGCUCCUUACCGCCGAUCGACGUGGCCACGAUUUCCACGUGUUCCGAGUACAACCACAUCCGGUGGGCCCCAGCUUGGCUGCCGUGCAUCAUCUGUACGUGCUUCAUCGUGGCGAUACUAGCGCCAAAGUGCAGCACAUUGCCUUCUCGUUGGACUCGCGCUGGGCUGCCGUGUCCACGUUGCGCGGCACCACCCACGUCUUCCCCAUUACGCCCUACGGCGGAGCCAUGGGCGUUCGCACGCACACCUCCCUGCAUGUGGUUAACAAGCUAUCCCGCUUCCAUAGGAGCGCUGGCCUGGGAGCUGACGGGCGCUCCAGUUCGCCGAUCUCACAUUCGGAGAGCACGACAUUCGUGCAGUCGCUGCAACCGUAUCACAAUCCCACGUUGCCGCCAUACCCCCGACCGUCGAUAGUGCAGCCGUUGGCUCAGCUGCGGCAGCCCUUUACCCUAGGAUCUCCGCCAGGAUCGGCAGGUCUGGGCAGUGGAGUGGGUGGAGGCGGCGUUAUGGGCUCUGGAGUGAGUUCCGGCGGUCAUGGAGUCGGCGUCGGUGUCGGCAGUAGUAGCCAGAGGCAGCGUCAACGCCUAUCCUCGCUGUCGGACGACAGUGGCAAACCACUAAGUGUCUGUUCCAUUUUCGCUAAAUCGCGGUCCUGGCUGCUGGAGCCGCCGAUGGCGACACGAGAGCAGCCGCAUCGCGUCCAGCGCAAGGCGGUGGACUCGCUUUUCGUGAUGGCCGGCCACGGGGCGCUCAUCCAGUACGAUCUGGACACGAAGCUAGCCUCACAUGUUGCCAAAGAGAAGAUAUGUGAUGACACGCCCAUCGAACUGGAGGUGGAGGCCCGUGCCCAAUGGAAUCUGGGACGGCGCAAGGAUGGAUCUCAAGAAAUCGCACCACCGCUGACGUUGGAUAAUUGGCUGAUCAAGGAUCGCCAUGCCAGCCUGCUGCUGGACAGUGCUCAUCAUUUCGAUGAGCCGGACGAGCGGGCCGAAAGCUGGCUGGCUCAGGUGGAGAUCAUCACGCACGCAGGCCCCCAUAGACGGCUAUGGAUGGGGCCGCAGUUUGUCUUUAAGAACUACAAUACGCCCAGCGGUUCCAAUCUGAACCAUGUCGAUGCAGAGGCGGUGGAGAUAGGCGUUACCAAAACGUCGACCACCACGUUGCCUUCGACGACAGCUGCUUCCGCGAAUUUGGGUGUGGGUUCAGUAGGAGGCAAGGAUCGUUCCAGUCCGCUGAAUAUGCCUUUGAAUGCAGCCACUUCGGUGGGAGGAGCUGGCAUUGGUAGUUCAGCAGUGACGGGACGCAGCGGUGCGGGAGUACCUGUCCUCAUAGAAUCCGGAUCUUAUAGCAGCAUUGAGCAGAGUCCGAAAUUAAUGGAUCGCUUCCGACAUGGUCACUUGGAUUCGGAUUAUGGACAUGGUGAUACUCGCCUUAAGGAGGAUUUGGCAGAUGCCAUGCGUGAAUCGCCAUCAACGGCAGCAGCUCGACGUGAGAAUACGGCUGCAUCUGCAGAUCAGGCAGCCGCUUCAUGUGGCGAUCAUCAUCUUCUGGCUGACGCUUCCUUGCCAGCCUCAUCGGAUCUCCUCCUGGCCGCCGGCGGCGGAAGUUCAUCCUCAAAUUGUGAUAAUGCCUGCUAUUAUGAUGCCCUCGCCGAACAUGAGAGUUUGAAUGACCUGGACGAGGUGACGGAGGAUCAUCAUCAUCAACAUCCGGAGACGGAGACGCAUUUGCAUUCGAUGGAUUCGAUUUCUGCUUUGGCCUCCGUUUUACCCAACAUCUGCAGUUAUUCCCGUGUAGAGAAAAUGGUCAAUCCCUUGGGCACUGUCACGGAUCUGAAUGCUGGGAUCUCUGGUGAACUGCAAACGGAUAUGCUGGAUGAAGUGGUUGGCCAAUUAGCAGCCGAGGAUACGGUUAUCCAUGAGAAUUGUGAUGAGGCUCUAUUUCGGCCAGUGGUGGCCAUAUUUUGCAGUGAUCCGAUUGAAAGACAGAAGCUCCUUCAGAAGGAUCAGAAGACGGACGAAGCGACGGCCUCGGAACUGGAAUUGGAGCAGGCCAAUUGCCAACCGCCAGUGGUGCUGGUCAAUAAGUUGAUAGUACCGGUGAUUGCCAAGGAGGUGGACGAGGUGCUCGUCCAAAAGGAGAAGCAGAAGUCCCAGAAGCAAUCGCACAAGGCACAACAGCAGCAACAGAAAACCCUACGAUCCUUGGCAGCUGCCGAGGAUGCGGCACAGGCGCAGAAAUUUGCAGAGCUUUCGCACCUGAACAAGCCCAAGGGUAGUAACGCCAAUAACACUAAAACUGCCAGCCAGAAGAGUGGUAGUGGCACCUCCGAGGAUGAGGGCACCUCUGCCACUAUGACAAAAUCAUCAAAGAAGGGUAAAAGUAACAAGCAAAAGACUAGCAGUGGGAAGAUCAGCGAAAGAAAGCCAGAACCGAAGAGCAUGGAGCAGGAGAAGAUCGUCGUAGAGGAGGAGGAGAAGGAGGAGGUGGUGGUGCUGAAGGAAGCCCAGAAAGACGAUUCGGAUCCGGAAUCCGAUCAUGCUGAUAGCUUGCUGGCUAACAAGAGCAGCAUUGCAGCCGUCAUGGUGAGCAGUGCCAGUGCCCAGGGAUUAAGUUUGCACGUAGAGAUGAGCGGGCCAGAUGCGGAGGACGAGGAUGAAGAUGAGGAGAAAGAGGAGCCUAAGGAAGAGCCUCCCAAAACGGCCAAAAAGAAACAACAACCCGGAGGAGCAGUUGCAACCAUGACAAUCGACAAGGAGAAACAAAAAUCCAAGGAAAAGGAGCUGAAGCUAAAGGACGCCGAAAGGGAAGCCAAGCUAAGGGAGCAAGAAAAGGAAGAAAGGCUUAAGCUUAAGGAAAGAGAAGAGAAGAUCAAGGAGAAGGAACGUGAGGAAAAGCUUAAAGAAGAGAAGAUCAAGGAGAAGGAACGAGAAGAAAAGCUAAAAGAAGAAAGGAUCAAGGAGAAGGAACGAGAAGAAAAGAUCAAGGAAAAGGAGCGAGAAGACAAAUUAAAGGAAAAGCUAAGAGAAGAAAAGCUCAAGGAAGAAAAGAUCAAGGAAAAGGAAAGGGAAGAAAAACUUAAGGAGAAGCUAAAAGAAGAAAAGCUUCGGGAAGAAAAGCUAAAGGAAGAAAAGAUACGAGAAGAAAAACUUAAGGAAAAGGAAAAGGAAGAAAAGCUCAGGAAGGAGCGGGAAGAAAAGAUCAAGGAGAAGGAACGAGAAGAAAAGAUCAAGGAAAAGGAAAGAGCUGAAAAGAUCAAAGAAAAGGAACGAGAAGAAAAGCUUAAGGAAAAGGAAAGGCAGGAAAAGAAAAAGGAGGAAGAAGAGCUGCUAAAGAAAAAGGAAAGGGAUGAAAAGUUAAAAGAAAAAGAAAGGGAAGAAAAGCUCAAGGAAAAAGAAAGGCAAGAGAAGCUCAAGGAGAAGGAACGUGAAGAGAAGCUCAAGAAGGAAAUGGAAGAAAAGAAAGAACGAGAAAGGGAGGAAAAACUAAAGGAGAAGGAGAAAGCUGAAAGGCUCAAAGAACUUGAGAGAGAGGCAAAGCUGAAGGAGAAAGAGGAACAGCUUAAAGAACUUGAAAAAGAAGCCAAGCUCAAGGAGAAGAAGGAUAAGGAGAAGGUCAAGGAGAAGGAAAAGGAAAAGCCUCUUGAAGCCGAAAAACCCCUCAUUCCGGUAACCGUGACCAGUCCCUGGAGGCGAGUGAUCGACGAGGCUCCAACCAAACUGCCAGCGGUUCAGGAUUACCCCAGCCUGGGCAAGAAGCCUACCAAGAUGAGUCCGGAAAAGAAGCGGGAUGAAAAACUCUUGCCGGAACUAAGCACACCCCCAAAAGAGGUGAAGGACACUUUUGAGGAUUUCCUGAGCGGUCUAAAGCCACUGGAAGCCUUGCCACCUCUUCCCUCCCUGGAACCCCUGGAGGUUAAGGAGGAUUCGAAGAAGGAAACGGUCAGCUUAAUCAAUUUCGAGAGUCCUUUACAGGAGAAUGCAGCGAUCCCGCGAAAGAUCUCCCCACCGCCCCGGGGUUUCACCGAACAGAAUCUGAUCCUGGCACUGUGCGGUUCGCUACAUUAUGAAAAUGAACAGGAACGAAUGAGGGAAGCAGAUCCAGAGGCCCAGCCUGAGGAAGUGACCACACCAGAACCUGCCUUCAUUACUUUGGAUACACUGGCCCUGCAAAAAUCCACCUCCACAUCGAAUAACUCUUCCGGAUCCGAAGAAAUUGUGGUCAUGGAAGAACCCGUUAAAAAACUAAGCAAGAAGCACAAGCGACUGAAGCAACUUCAGCUGCAACAGCAGCAGCAGCAAAGGGAUCGUGAGCCAGAUGAUGAGGAACUACGUCCUUUGAUUAGCAUCAGCAUGUGCGAUUCCCAGCUGGAAGCUCAGGAUCCAUCUGCCAGGCAAAUGCAGACCGAUGAUGAUGAGGGUGUUGAGGAGCCGGAAACAGAGCCAGAGCAAUCACUGCCCGAGGAUCUGCUGCACUUUGGUAGCAGUGGUGUUGCCACUAAUGCCACCACCACGGAUAGCGAAGGACCUGUACCAGCCACCACAUCUGAUGACAAUGUGGUCUAUGGGUCCUCCACCAGCACAAGUAAUGCUGUUCCGCACAAGCUCAAGACCAAAAAGUUGGAGCAUAAGAUCAAUCUGAUAGCGGCUAUCGAGGCGGCCACCUCCUCGUCCACGUCCUCAGCGGAGGAAAGCAGCGUAGAGACGACAGUUCAUCCAGAUCCCACGGGUCUGGGUCUAGGCAUUGGCUUGCAAUCCCUUUCAUCUGGCGGAUCAGCUGGUGCUGGUAGUAACUUAACCACCAGUACCGCCAGUCCAGCAUCUUCACCAGCCGCCGGUGGUGUUACCUCUGUGGGAUUGGGUGUGGGCGUUGCCAGCCCACCGAGUGCCACAAAGAAGAAGACGAAACGUCGCAAGAGAUAAGAAUUAGCGAUAUGUUUGCUGUGCGUCUUUAGCCUGGUGGUGCUGUGGCAUCUAUACGCCAAUCGACAAGAUGGAGCACCCACUGCCCAUGCGCUUCAACAGCAGCAGCAGCAGCAGCAGCAACCUCCGCCAGCGUCAUUGGAUCAAGAGCCCACUGAAGAACCAGGUCAAGCCAUCACCCAGCCUAAUAACAUCUUGAAACAGGAGGAAGAUGAGCAGCCGGUGGGCAGAACCAGAGCUAAAUAGGUCAAUCACAACCAGGACAACAGCAGCAAACUGAGAGAUCAAGAGAUCUCCAAAAUAGGAAAUUCGAAAAUGGACAAAAACCACGACAGACGAUUUUAGGAUUCUUAAUUUUUAGCUGUGGGCAAGAGGAAAAAAAAGUAUAUCAGUUCAGUAACCACAACAAAAAAAACUAAAAGAAAAACAAAAAAGCAAAAAACAAAACAAAACACAAAACUCUGCAAAA